AUGACCAGGAAAACACCAACACUGAUUCGCCCGACUCACGGCGGCGAACGCUAUGAGCUCACCACGCCCACAGCCAUGCCCAAGGCCGCUGGCUUCCUAUGGAACCAAAAGAUGAUGAUCCAGAUCACCUGCCGUGGUUUUGCAACUGCCCAGUUCAUGCAGCCCGAACCCGCAAAGUACGCCUACGCCCCGAAUAUCGAGGCCAAGACCUUCAUGCAACCGGAGCCAAACUACUAUGCGCACCAUCCCGGCCGUUUUGUCUACGUCAAGGACGAGGAGACCGGCCAGCUCUUCUCUGCUCCCUACGAACCUGUCCGGGCCCCGCAAGAUCGCUUCGUUUUCUCUGCCGGCAAGACUGAUGUCUCCUGGGUCGUCGAGUCGAUGGGAGUCCGUGUUGAGAUGACCAUGGGCCUUCCUACCCACGAUGUUGCGGAACUCUGGACCAUUAAAGUCAAGAACCUUUCAAGCCGUUCUCGGAAACUCAGUGUAACCCCUUACUUCCCCAUUGGCUACAUGUCGUGGAUGAACCAGUCGGCCGAGUGGAACUAUGACCUCAACGGGAUUGUUGCCAGCUGCGUCACUCCAUACCAGAAGGCCACGGACUACUUCAAGAACAAGUAUCUCAAGGACAAGACCUAUUUCCUCUGCGAGAUCCCUCCUGAUUCAUGGGAGGCCAGUCAGCAGGCUUUCGAAGGCGAGGGUGGCCUUCACAACCCCAGCGCCCUACAAGACAGGACUCUCAACGGCAGCGAUGCGCGGUACGAGACUCCCACGGCAGCUGUGCAGUACAAGGCUGCCCUCGACACGGAUGAGGAACAAGAGUACCGGUUCCUCUUUGGCCCCGCCUACGAUGAGGCUGAGAUUGGAGCUAUGCGAUCCAAGUAUCUGAGCAAGGAGGGCUUCGAACACACUGCGGCUGACUAUGCCGCUUACAUGGCGCGUGGUCGCGGGUGUCUCCGUGUAGAAACUCCGGAUAAGGACCUCGACAACUUCAUCAACAACUGGCUGCCCCGACAGGUCUACUACCACGGUGAUGUCAACCGCUUGACCACUGAUCCUCAGACGCGCAACUACCUCCAAGACAAUAUGGGUAUGAACUACAUCAAGCCCGAAGUAUCUCGCAAGGCCUUCCUUACAGCUAUCGCCCAACAAGAGGCCACUGGCGCCAUGCCCGACGGCAUCCUUCUGGUGGAGGGUGCCGAGCUUAAAUACAUCAACCAGGUACCUCACACCGAUCACUGCGUAUGGUUGCCGGUUACCUUGGAGGCGUACCUGAACGAGACUGGUGAUUACAGCUUGCUGAGGGAGAAAGUGCGGAGUGCCAAUGGCGACGAGCUCACCGUCUUCGAACGCUUCUGCCGUGCUAUGGACUGGUUGCUCAGGUCUCGUGACGACCGUGGUCUGAGCUACAUUGCCCAGGGUGAUUGGUGUGAUCCUAUGAACAUGGUGGGCUACAAGGGCAAGGGCGUCUCCGGCUGGCUCACUCUCGCCACGGCCUUUUCUCUCAAUAUCUGGGCAAAGGUUUGCGAUCACGAAGGUGAGACCGAUCUUGCCAAAUGCUUCCGCGAGGGUGCUGACGCAUGCAAUGCUGCGGUCAAUGAACACCUUUGGGACGGCGAAUGGUUCGCUCGUGGCAUUACUGAUGAUAACGUGGUCUUUGGUAUCAAGGAGGACAAGGAAGGCCGUAUCUGGUUGAAUCCUCAGUCAUGGGGUAUUCUCAGUGGUGCUGCUAGCCCUGAGCAGAUUGACAAGAUGUUGCCCCAGAUUGACGCCCAUCUCAACACACCGUACGGUAUCCAGAUGUUCGGCCCCCCUUUCACCAAGAUGCGCGAGGAUGUUGGCCGUGUAACGCAAAAGGCCAUAGGCUCGGCGGAGAACGCCGCUGUUUACAACCACGCUGGCAUCUUCUUCAUCCACAGUCUGUACGAACUUGGAGCGCAACAAGACAGAGCCUUCACCCUCUUGCGACAAAUGCUUCCUGGUCCUACCGAAGCCGAUUACAUCCAGCGAGGUCAGCUGCCCAUCUACAUCCCCAACUACUAUCGCGGCGCCUGGAAGGAGUUCCCGCGCACCGCUGGCCGGUCCAGUCAGUUGUUCAACACCGGUACCAUCUCUUGGGUUUACCGCUGCAUCAUCGAAGGGCUAUGUGGUUUGCGCGGCGACAGUGAGGGUCUACUCAUCCGGCCACAGUUACCAAGCUCUUGGAACGCCAUGAAGGUCACUCGCGAGUUCCGGGGCGCCACAUUCAAUGUCGACAUUUGUCGUGGCAAUGUCAAGGAGGUGAUAGUCAAGAACGGUGACAAGGUCCUUCCUGAACCUCACAUCAAGGACAUCAAGCCAGGCCAGACGUACAAUCUCACAGUCGUCAUUCCGUAA